AUGACAAUGACAAGUGAAGAAAAUACCAAUUCUAAUGCUAUUCCUAAUCCCGAAGCACAAAUAACUUAUCAAAAGAAUUGGGAGUAUGAACAAUCUAUAAAGAAGGAAGAGGCAGGUAAAAUACCUCUUAUAUGUCUUGAAGAAGAUAUUAAAUCUUUAUAUUCUGAAUAUGAAAAUGGCAGUGAAACAUAUCGUAGCAAGAUCAAGAAAUUGGCAGAAAAGCAUAGUAAAAUAAGAAGAUGUCGUGGUGAUGGAAAUUGUUUUUAUCGAGCAUUUGGAUUUGCAUGGUUUGAAAGACUCAUGAUGUGUAACAAUCAAAAUCUUCGACAGGCCGCACUUAAAUCUUUUGCCGAUACAAAAGAUCUUCUUAAAUCAAUGGGUUAUGAAUUGUUUGUUUAUGAAGUAAGUUACGAGGAAGUAGAGGACAGAUUGAAAGCUGUUUGUAACGGCGAACAUGUUGGAGAAACUUUAUUGUCAAUAUUUCAAAAUGAUGAAGUUUCAAAUCAUAUUGUAUGGUAUCUUCGAGCAAUCACGGCAGCAUACCUAAAAAAACACCGUGAAGAAUAUGAACCAUUUAUUGAAUAUGGAUUAGAAAUGGAUCAAUACUGUGCUAAUUGUGUUGAAGUUAUGGCUCAAGAAGCUGACCAUAUUCAUGUUAUUGCAUUAACAAAAGCACUCAAAGUUCCUGUUGAAAUUGCAUAUAUGAGUGGUUCAGAAAUAUUGGAUGAAGAACCACUUACUCUUAAACCUUUAGUUUUAUUAUACAGACCAGGACACUAUGAUAUUUUAUAUCGUAAUGAAUUCUGA